ACUGAUCACUGCUAUGCUGCAAGGCAGGCAGGCAAAGCAGCUGCAGAUCAGUCUAGGGAACACUGACAACAACGGACAGGCUCAUGUUGGGGAAGCCAGACACGCAACGUUUGCCUAUUUCGUGAUUUUACACGCAAACGUUUCCACUUGUAACCGCUUUGUUGAUCGCAUUUCGUCUUUUUUUACGCGCGCGUGGGAAUAUAAUUCACAUUGUGGCGAUCUGAAUCGAGUGCUAGUCGCCGUGUCUAGCCAAUGGUUACUGCGGGGGCUCCUGUCUUGUGGAUUAUCCGUCGUCGCCGAGCCAGUCGCAUGGUCGAGCCCGGAGGAGGCCCCGCUCUGCUGGAUGGAUGUGUGUGAAACGUCGCCGGACUCCGAGUAUUGAUGAAGACGGUGAUUAUGAAGAUGCUCGGGUUUCAUAGGCAGUGGGAGAACUGAUUUUGGAUGUCCGGGCUCUAUCGCCCCUGCACAAACCAUUUUCUAAUACAGAAACAAUUAUAUUCCUUAAAAGCUGGACGCCCCUGGAGCAGUUUAUGACGACCCUGGUAGGAGCGUGAUGAGCGCGCGCUUCCGCUUGCCUGCUGGCAGAUCCUACAAUGUCCGGGCGACGGAGCUGGAGCGAGACAGGCAGCACACACAGGUUGUGUGCAACGUACUGCUGCUGGAUAACACAGUCCAGGCUUUCAAAGUCAGCAAGUCGGACCAUGGCCAGGUGUUGCUGGAUGCUGUCUUUAAGCACCUGGAGCUGACCGAGAGGGAUUACUUUGGUCUUCACUUGGCUGAUGACUCCUCAGAUGCACCACGCUGGCUCGAUCCCAACAAACCCAUCAGGAAACAGUUAAAAAGAGGGUCUCCCCAUAACCUGAGCUUCAGAGUCAAAUUCUUUGUGACAGAACCCAGUAAGCUUCAGGAAGAAUACACACGGUACCAAUAUUUUCUUCAGAUCAAGCAGGACGUAUUAACUGGAAGAUUGCCCUGUCCACACAACACUGCUGCACUGCUGGCAUCCUAUGCUGUUCAAUCCGAGUUGGGGGACUACAGUGAAACAGAGCAUAGUCCAGGAUAUCUGUCUGAAUACUGCUUCAUCCCCAGCCCUCCACAGGACUUCCACAAAGAGGUCGCCAAACAUCACCAGCAGCACAGUGGUCUAUCUCCUGCCCAGUCAGAGUUUAAUUAUCUGAACACAGCACGCACCCUGGAGCUCUACGGGGUAGAGCUGCACUAUGCAAGGGACCAGAGUAAUACUGAGAUUCUUAUUGGAGUAAUGUCCGCUGGCAUUGUGGUUUACAAGAACAGGGCACGGAUCAACUAUUUCCCAUGGUUGAAAAUUGUAAAAAUUUCCUUCAAGUGCAAACAGUUCUUCAUCCAGCUGAGAAGAGAGGCGACGGAGACGCGGGAGAUGCUGCUGGGUUUCAACAUGGUCAACUAUCGAGCCUGCAAGAACCUGUGGAAGGCCUGCGUCGAGCACCACACCUUCUUCCGCCUGGAGAGGCCUGUACCACCACAGAAGAACUUCUUCACUCAUUACUUCACCCUGGGCUCAAAGUUCAGAUACUGCGGACGGACAGAGGUGCAGUCUGUGCAGUAUGGAAAGGAGAAAGGCAUCAAAGACAGAGUAUUUGCCAGCAGGUCUCCCAGCAAGCCAUUGGCCAGGAAGCUGGUGGGUGGAACUGACUGGGAGUCAGUCAGCAGAAACAGCCUAUCCGAUGAAAGGCUGGAGACGCAGAGCCUGCCCACUCGCUCGCCACCAGGAACGCCCAAUCAGAACUCGCUGUUUGUACAAGAGGGCACGCGACUGCGCCCGUCGUCCGUUGGCCACCUGGUUGACCACGUGAUCCAUGCGUCGCCCAGCCUGCCAGUCUUCUCCUCCAAUCACAAGUCAGCGUCCUCCACACAGGCCAACAGCAUCAGCCUCGACUCUACACCGUCACCAGAGGGGGUGGAUGGACCGCCACCAGCUCUGCCACCCAAGCAGCUGAGCAGGAAGACCUUGAGCCAGAUCAUCCAGGCCCACUCCCAGCAGAGUCUCCUGGACAACCAUCUCAAUGAGAUGUAUGAUGUUCCCGCCAAUGCUGACAAGACCACGCUCAACGGCGUUGUCCCGCAUGAUAAUCUCGUCCUGAUUAAGAUGAGACCUGAUGAACACGGACGUUUUGGCUUCAACGUCAAGGGUGGAGCUGACCAGAAGAUGCCUAUCAUUGUGUCUAGAGUUGCUCCGGGAACAUCGGCUGACCUGUGCGUGCCUCGCCUUAACGAGGGCGACCAGGUGGUCCUAAUUAACGGGCGGGACAUCUCUGACCACACACAUGACCAGGUGGUCAUGUUCAUCAAGGCCAGCUGCGAGAGCCACUCUGGCGAGCUCAUCCUAUUGGUCAGACCAAAUGCUAUCUAUGAUGUUGUGGAGGAGAAGGUGGACUCGGAGCCAGAUUUUCAGUACAUCCCUGAGAAGUCCCCUCAGGACCCUGCCCAGCUAGACCAGCAUGCUUUGAGGGACUCUAUGGUCACACUGAAGGAGGGCCUGAGCAGUGGAGCCAUACUGGCACAGUUUGAUCAACUGUACAGGAAAAAGCCGGGGAUGACCAUGCUGUGUGCCAAAUUACCUCAGAACGUUUCCAAAAAUCGCUACAGAGACAUCUCUCCUUAUGAUGCCACACGGGUCAUUCUGAAAAGCACAGAUGACUACAUCAAUGCAAAUUACAUCAAUAUGGAGAUUCCAGCCUCUUGUUUGAUAAACCGCUACAUCGCAUGCCAGGGCCCGCUGCCCAACACCUGCCCUGACUUCUGGCAAAUGACCUGGGAGCAGGGCUCGACUCUGGUGGUUAUGCUGACUACGCAGGUGGAGAGAGGGCGGGUGAAGUGUCAUCAAUACUGGCCCAACCCAGAGAGCAGCGCCACCUAUGGAGACUUUACAGUUAUGUGCCACAAUGAAGAGGGCAACUCCGCCUUCCUCGUCCGAGAGAUGACUCUCACACACACGCAGAGUGAGCAGCAGAGAGAGUUUACACAGAUUCAGUACCUGGCUUGGCCAGACCAUGGUGUUCCUGAUGACUCCACCGAUUUCCUGGAUUUUGUGGCUCUUGUACGAGCUAAGCGGGCGGGACAAGACCACCCAAUGGUGGUUCACUGCAGUGCUGGAAUUGGUCGAACAGGGGUUCUGAUCACCAUGGAGACAUCCUUGUGCCUAAUGGAGUGUAGUCAGCCAGUGUAUCCCCUAGACAUUGUCAGGACUAUGAGAGACCAGAGGGCCAUGAUGAUACAAACACCUAGCCAGUACCGCUUUGUGUGUGAGGCCAUUCUGAAAGUCUACGAGGAAGGUUUGGUCAAGCCACUCAAGAUGGCCAUGUACCAGCAAAGAGAAAAGGCCAGGAGGGAGGAGGAGGAGAAAGAGCCGCCGAAAGCAGGAGACGAAGCGGAAACGACGGAGGACGGCGAGGCCGCUGUGGUGGAGCUGCUGGAAGGAGGCCUCGAUGAAGACGACGACGACGACGAAGAGGUGGAGGUUCUGGAUGUGGGAGAAGUGACAGAGGAGGGGGAGGAGGAGGAGGAGGAGGAAGUGGAGGAGCCAAGUGUUGCAAGCGCCACCAGCGUGACAAGUGAGACCAGCGCGAACCCUGACCCCGAUCCUGCUAACCCGUGAUGGAGCACUGGGAGUCGUUAGGAGGUUACCAGAAAGGCCGACGAGGGCUGGAGGAGAGAACAAAAGCACUGUUGCACUUUAUGCUGACAAAAAUGGAAAAAAAAGACAAACAUAUGAACAAACGUCAAAAUCACGGACAAGUUAGACUUAAAAAAAAAAAAAGAAGAAGAAGAAAUCCAGCUGUGUUGAAUAGGUACCAUUAGGGGAAUUUGAAUGUUCAGGGUGAAGAAAGUGUACAAAGAAUGAAAGAUAAAAGUGUGAGUGGAUAAAAUGUGGAUGGGGAAUUGCUGUAGUGCCAUAAGUACGAAGGGGAAGGGCUUUCCCAGUGGAUGGAAAGCUCCAUGCCUGACCCCCCCCCCCCCCGGAAAGGGAUUGCCCUGUCCCCUUCUGAGCGAGUCUGCCAGACGGACCUGCCUUUUUUUAGUGUCCUUUUAGCUGAUAAAGAGAUAUACCUUAUCUUUUGUUCUUCAGAAAGAGUAUUUAUUGUGUUUUAGUUCGUGUCAAACCCUGUCCACUGAACAAAAAAAGUUGUACGUUUUGUUUGUACGAGUCUAAAGCUUCAUGCUUUCCUGAUUAAAUCUUAGGUAGUAAAGUAGUGUACUUCCUCUUCUAACUACUUCUUUGUUUCUUUUUUUGCUUUUUGUGGGGAAAAACAGUGAUUUAAUUUAUUGUACUUGGUUUUACUUUUCUCGGGCUUUCUCGUCUAAGUUUCUGACAGCGCAGACUGGCAGAUGGACCGCUGAAAGCACUUUCGUGGCUCACUUCUUGUUCUAUGCUGUGGUGAGUUGGGUACUUUAAACCCUGUGCUGUGUUUUUGAGCUUACAUACGCACGUUCUAACUGGUUUACAAUUGUCAGGGCCUGUGUUUACUGGUCACUUUAAACUGAUGUACUAGUAGCAGCUACCGGUGCUUCUACGACUGCACCUUCCACUCAAAGUAAUGUAGUGACAGAUUUUUUUUUUUUUUAAUUAUUUUAAAUGUUUGAACGAAUUCCUUGUUGCUUAAAACUGUGUUAAUUGACCACAAGACAACAAGGAUGAAGUCCUAAAGAUGGAGACUCCAGUAGACACAGGGCCAAGGUGAAUUCUAGCUUUCCAGCUGACAGCUCAAGGCUGAGGUUGGUCCAUUCAUUCCUUCAUAUAAACCGUUAAGUCAGACCUAUAGCUCUUUUGCAGCUUGCACAGUGGGCUGAGGUGAUGCGAGCCCCUCCUCUCUCUGAUUGGUUUGUACUUUGCUCAGGCCCAGAACAAAUUGUGGAAAGUACACAUUGUGAAACCAUCAUAUUUUUUGCACAUCAUUAUGAUCAAACCUGAAAAACAAAUCCAACCAGUAUGAGUCACCAGUACCUAAAACAAUCCUCAAGUGGUUGAGAGUUGCUGCAUGAAUUCAGCUUCCCCUGGAAUAUGAAUUUGAAUGGAAUUGAUCUCGGCCUUGCUGUGAAGGAGGUGGACUGAACAAUUGACCUCCUUCAUUAUGUUUUUUUUUUUUUUUUUAAUUCUUCCAACCAGAGGCGCUAACUGGAACACUUUUGCUUUUACAGUAAGACUGGACAUUGUUGCUUUCUGUGUAAGACUCGUUCUUUGUUUUUCCCAAGACUUUCCUCACAGAUGACUUUUUGAGUAACAGUGGGGUCAAGAGGUCACCAGAGCAGAGCCGUGUAAUGCUUUUUCAAAAUCUUUCUCAUCCUCGUCAGUUCAAAUAAGCAGCACAAGUACAAACCUUUAGCCAAUGCCCCUUAAGUUUUGAUUAACAACCUUUAAUGGCAUAUGUUUACAUUAACAUAUGGUAUUUUUUUAUUCACAAAACCCAGCAUCAACUUCCUUGUUGAGUCUUUUUUCCCCCCCAAGUACAGGUUCAGCUGACAUUGUACUUUUCAUAUCAUGGUGGAGUGAAGUGUCGCCUCUUUAUAAUUAGUGAGAUUUACCUUUCCGGCCGCUUCAGUACCUGCUGUCAUUGGCUCCUACAAUGGAAUAAGCUGAACAAACAGAACCCCACCUACUGCUGUGUGUGUGAGUGUGUGUGAGUGUGUGUGUGUGUGGUCAGAUCGAUGUUAUCUGUUCCCCUCCCUCUCUUCUUCUAGUGUUUCUAACAUGUAGUUAGCUGUCUGUUAAAAGCCUGCUUGUCCAUCAACUGGAAGGUUGUGCCAUAAAAACACAACCCUAAUCUAACCCCAUCUCAGUUUUUUGAACAAAUGCAAACAGAGCCUACUUUUUUAAACUUCUGUUUUUACUUUAGCAGACUCAUUGCCUGUGAAAUGCCAGUUCAAACUAUUCUUCUCUGUCAAACUAAUGCUGCGUGUAGUUACAGGAUCGUCCAGAAACUUCUUUCCUCGCUGUCUUUCCUUUUUCCUCAGCGCUCUUUAACUCCCUCUCUCAGGCAGUCUCCAUCAUUUCUGCAAGGCCCACGCAGCAUCCACAGUCUAUUCUUCUCAUUGUUUCUCCCCAGAUGCCGACUCUUUUAGAUCCUUUUACAUGGAUCCUACUCUCCCUGCGUGGCCUCCAGGCAAAUGACACAUUUGAGCAGAACACCAUGGGUACAGUGAUACAGUACCAAACAGCUUUCUUUUCCAUCAAACCUGGCCAGUAAAUGACUUCACUUUUUUACCAUCAGUGCUUAAAAUCAAACAAAACCAGAUUUAAACGCCCAGUGGCUUUUUUACCCCUCAUUUGUUUGUGUGCACAGCAGCUGGGCUAUCUAACUGACAUUAAAAUUAUAAUGCUGAUAAAAACAUUUGGUAACAGUCAACAGUGCCCCACGGUGAAAGCUAAUAAGUGAUUAAUCAGGGCUGCAGAAGUUUCUGUCUGCACAAUAUGUCCACCAAUGAGCUGUUGCUGUUGUGUUGUUGACGCGUAACCGGUACUGUCUGUGUUCGAGGUACUGAUCAAAGGUAGUUUGGAGGGGACCAGGCAUGGGGCGGGCUUGGGUUAACUGUAUUUUUGUAAGGGCAAAAACAGUUAUUGCUCUUGUAGGAAAAGGACAGCACUUUGUAGGCUGAGUGGCAGGUAGUGCUACUGAAAUAAAGUUGGAGACGUACAGUAAAGCGUUGUUAAAAUGAGUUGUUCUUUUUUGCUUUUUAUUUAUCAUUUUUAAUUUUCUUUAAAUAAGACACCUAUAGGGAACAAGAAAAAAGAAAAGAACUCCUAACUACACAGUGCCACUUGUUAAUUUUGUGUAAAUAAUACUAGACCGUGUAAAUACAAUGUUGUAUAUGAAAAAAAAUCUUUAAAAUAAAAGGGAAAAUCAUUUGU